AUGCAUGUAGAGAUACUAUUGAACGGGUCGGGCCAGUAUGAGCACGGCAAAGGCACGGCACGAGCACGGCAUAGGCACAACACGUUUAGCAUCGGCACGGCACGGACAUGUGCUAGCCUAGUUGGGAUGUAUUCAAACUAUAGUGAACUUGCAUUUGGAUCGAUCAAUGCACAAACCCACAAGAGCAAGCGAUUCGAAGUUGGAUUGGACAAGACGUUUCAAGAUUAUAGGAGGGGUGGCCCGGGCCAUGCCCUGACUUUAUACAGUCUCAAUCGACAGAUUAUUCUGAUUCAUCGAAAGCCGAGCCUUGGGGAUAAUUUGCUAAAUGAACAAGAAAAAAGGAAAAUAAUAUUCCCAGAAAUAGCCUCUCUGUUUGCAGAGUGGUUAAAUGUCUUCGGAUGUAUAGAGAUCACUUCUGACAAGAAGAACUACAACUUUUACGAAUCGGACGGUGCUGUAGACCUUCUCAGCUAUGCUUGGAAACUUCGGACCGAAGGGCCCUAUGCAAGAAAUAAGGUCACUAGAUGCAUCCAGAUCGCCUUCUUGUGCAUCCAAGAUGAUUCGGGCUCCAGGCCUUCCAUGACAGCUAUAGUUUUGAUGCUCAAUAGCGAUUCCGCUACUUUUGUACCUCCUCAAUAG